CUAUGUUUAUGGGACGGUUUGCCAUCACCUUCCCCAGUCAUCCUCACUUUACCUCCAGCAAGAGAAAAGCCUAUUGUGCCAGUUCUGAGUGCCAAAAGCAUAUUAACGUUUGGUUCUCCAUCAGAGGUAUUCUCCAUCAGAGGUAAUUACUGUGGGAUCACGGGAGAUCAUAAUGGACGACCAGUGCUCAGCAGGCUCCAUACUGGUGGAGGAUUUGCAAGGAGUAAGACAAGCCCCACUUGGUCAACAAGCCGGGAGUAUCUUGCAAAGGUUACCAGCGCAAGCGGUGAAACAAGAGCCCUGUGAAGGACUGCUCCAGCACUGGGAAACACAACUUCAGGAAUUCCUGAAGAAAGUGGAGGCCCCUCAGUCAGUUUGGGGGGCUUCACAAUUAUCAGAGGAUCCUGCCCCUUGGGAUGACACCAAGGCCUUUUUGGCUUCCUUUGAGCAAGUGGCCAAAGCCUGCCAGUGGCCCAAGGACGAAUGGGUGGCCCGACUCCUGCCAGCCCUGAGUGGUGAAGCUGAACAGGCCUUUAACAGGCUGGAGUCCAGAGAUCAAGAAGAUUACCAUAAAGUAAAGGUGGCCAUCUUGAGAGGGGACACUAUGAAGAGGGAGAAGAUUCGACAACACUUUCGGAACUUCUGCUAUCAGGAGGCUGAGGGGCCAAGAGGGGCAUACAGUCAGCUGCAAGAACUUUGCUGCCAAUGGCUGAAAUUUGAUCAACACUCCAAGGAACAAAUCUUGGAACUACUGAUCUUAGAGCAGCUGCUGACAAUCCUCCCACCGGAGAUCCAAAGAUGGGCCAGAGAACAUGGGCCGGAGACUUGCUCCCAGGUGGUGACUCUGGCUGAGGAGUUCCUGCUGAGGCAGCAAGAGGCUCAGAGUUGGGAGAAAGAGGUCAUGACCCCAUGUAAGCAGACAGUUCUGAGUGUCCCUGGGGCAGGCCAGGCUCUCUCUGAUCCAGAACAGGGGCAGCUGUGCCCCAAAACCAAGCAGGAAGAGGAUGAGGGAGGUGCCCUGUUGGGCGAAAGAUGGACAAGCAUAGAAGAAACGGAGAGCAAUACAGUAGAAGAUUCAGAGCAAGAGGGAACAUUUGGAAUGUCAGUGUGGAAAGCAGAAGAUAUAAUUUCUCAGCCUUCUGAGCAGGAAGCUGCUGAAAAUCAGCAAGGACCAGAGUGGCAUCAAGAUGUUCAUCAAGGAGCAAGAGAGGAGGAAUUUCUAAGUUGUGAGUCUGGUUCCAAGGAUAUCAGAAAAACUCCCGUCCAGCAACUCCUCCUCAGUGGGAAGGGGCAAAAGGUUUACAGUGUUUGUGGGAAAGGCUUCAGCUGGGGUACAGGCUACAUGGAACGCAGGAGGAGGAAUGCAGGAGGGAACCCUUACAAAUGUUCAGUGUGUGGGAAAUGCUUUCUUUACUGGUCAAAGUUUGUCCGACAUCAGAGGACGCACACUGGAGAGAAGCCGCACAAAUGCCUGAUCUGUGGGAGAAGUUUCGGCAGCAAUUCAAACCUUAUUCGGCAUCAGAAAACCCACACAGGGGAGAAACCGUACGAAUGCUCAGACUGUGGGAAAAGCUUCACAGAGAGAGCAAGUGUGAACAGGCACCGUCUUAUGCACACAAGUGAGAGAUCUGAUCCAAAUGUAGAACAGGGACAAAGUUCACCUGUGAACUGAAGACUUGAGAGAUGUCACAAAAUAUGCAGUUUUGUAUUGUAGUCCAAACGUGCAUUUUGCAGGGAGAGCAAAAGGUGAAGGUAAAGAGGACUCUAACAUCAUUUUUCAUUUUUUCAUCUGCUUUUCCCUUCAUCUGUCAACUUUUAAAACACAAUUGACAUAGCUGCACCUAGGUAACCCCACGUGCCCACCUGAGCAAAAACUUACUUACCAUUAGGGGUAUGCACCAUUUUUCCUUGGUAUUAUUUGGGUUUGGUUUUGAUAGUCUCAGAAAUUUUUGGAAAAGCUUAGUCCCAAUACCAGCUUUUCCCAGGAAUCUGACAUUUUUGGGGUUCAUUAAACCCUCCAAAAUUCCAUCUACCUGUGAACUCCACAUGGACUUGGAGAUGGCAGGUGGUGCAGAUCUGAAUGCUGGGCUUGACUUGGCUAGAACCAGCAUUCAGCUCUGUGCUGCUGCCAAACUCCACAUGGGUCUGCUACCUCUGACACACGUGGAGUUCUGAGGCAGCAGGGGUGAGUCCAGCAUUCAGCUCUGUCUACCUGCUGCUUCCAAACCCGUAUGGAGUUUGAAUGUGGCACAGAGCUUAAUGCAGCUCUGCGCUGCCUGCUGCCUCUAAGUCACAGCCAGCAGGUCAGUGCAGGGGCAUAUCUUGGGGAUGCAGGAGGGGUUGAGCAACCCAGGUGCCAUGCCCCUAGGUCACAUUGGAGUGCUCUUGGUCACCCCUUCUCACUGCAGGCCAGAAGGGUAAGCAGGGGCCAGGCUGGGCAGCCCCUGCUGUUGCUCCCCGAAGAAUGCAAGCUCGAGCAGGCCCCUUUCCUGCUCCUGGUGUGAGCGAUGGCAGCUCUUUGUGGGGUGAGUGGACCCGGGGCGGAUGGUUGUGCCUUUCCAUACAGAAUGCCAACUCGCUGGGCUGCAGGUGGGAGAGGAUAUGCUGGGAGGCACAGGAAGAAGUGCAUUUCGGGGAUGACAGAUGGAAAGAUUUGGUGAGGAGAUGGUGGGAACAGCCUUAUUCCCCCCCCCCCCGACCCACUAUGGUUUUGUCUCUAUCUCCCUCUUUUUCUCUCUUUCUCUUUUUCUGUCUCUGUUUCUCUUCCUUUUUCACACUUUCUCUCCUUAUUUCUCUCUCCCUUUUUUCUGUCUGUCCCUCUUUCUCUCUCUUUCCCUCCUUUUUUGUUUCUUUUUCUCUCCUCCCCCCUCUCUUUCUGUCUCUUCUGAGCAGGAGUAGCUCUGGUGACUGGUGGCUGGGAGAGUGGGGAGGGGAGGUUCUGGUUCUCCUCCAUGUGGGGGUACAGGAAGGGCCGAGUAGCCACAUAGAUCCCCUCGCUGGCAAAUGCUCAUGGGGGGAUUGUUUGCCAUUUUUUCCCCAUGUUCAGCUUUGCUGGUUGCAUAUUCUAGUUCCCACUGUGCCUAGCUGCCAUAUGAAAAUAAACUGUUGUUUUAUUACA